AUGAGUAAAUCAUUAACUGUGAAGGAAACUCUCGAUAAGAAUCUUGAAGAUUUGGAAAUACAAGAAGUUUUAAAGAAUGGCACGGAUUUGCGAGAGUAUGCGCUACAAAUCGAUAAAGGGAUCAAAGAAGCUGAAAGAAAUUCUGUUGCAGACUAUUUAAGGGAAAGCGAAAAUAUUGUAUCUUUGCAUAAUCAGAUCGAGGAAUGCGACGGUAUUCUAGCUCGGAUGGAAAGUAUGCUCUCAGUAUUUCAAAAUGAUCUUGGAAGCAUUAGUAAUGAAAUCAUCAGCUUGCAAAAGAGGUCUGUAAAUAUGUCUGUGCAACUCUCCAAUAGACAAGCACUUAAAGGACCACUUUCAUCAUUUAUUGAAGAUAUGGCAGUCUCUGAAACACUGAUUUUUGGCAUCAAUAAUGUACCUGUAACUGAUAAAGAAUUUAUGGUGCAGUUAGCAAUAUUGAACCAAAAACUGAAUUUUGUUAAGGAGCAAGAUUUCAAAGAAACUAAGGCCUGUCAUGAUCAAAAAACAAAGUACCCUUAUGAAGCAUUAUUCAGAAGUCUUCAAUAUGCAUUGGUGGAUAACAGCUGCAGAGAAUAUUUAUUUACUACAGAAUUUUUCCAUGUAAAAGCCACUCAUGCCCAAGAACUUUUUGAUAGAAUUUUAGGAAAAACCCUAUCAUUACUUGUGAAAAAUGUUGAAAACUAUGUAUUGGAAUGUUAUGAUUGUCUUGCACUUUUUUUGUGCAUUCAAUUAAUAAACAGGUAUAAAUGGAUGUGUCACAAAAGAGCUGUUGCUGCUUUGGACAGCUAUUGGGAUUCAUUAUUGAGUGCCCUUUACCCGAGGCUGGAAUAUGUUUUUAAACUGAACAUUCAAAGUGUAAGAGACUGUGAUCCUGCAAAGUUGUCUAACAAAGAACUCGGACCACAUUAUAUAACUCGAAGAUAUGCUGAAUUUUCUGCUGCCAUGUUGAGUUUAAAUGGCUCUUAC